AUGUCUAUCCUGCAUAACAUAUUCAUCAAAGGUGAUCAGAUGAGCUUUGAACUCACAGCAGAAGAUUUGGAGGCCUCCAAGCUAUAUCCUGACUACAAGUACACUUCAGUUGACAGUCUCCUUGACAUGUGCUUGGUAUCUGAACAAAAAUCUGACCUAAUCGGUCUAGCCUCGGCCGAUAUGGCUACAAAUUUAUUGCUGGACCAUGUAGCCUUGCCCUUCCCAGAAAAUAUCCUAGUGUCUAUCCCUCACAACAUAUUCAUCAAAGGUGAUCACAUGAGCUUUGAACUCAUAGUGGAAGAUUUGGAGGCCUCCAAGCUAUAUCCUGAUUAUAAGUACACUUCAGUUGACAGUCUCCUUGACAUUUGCUUGGUUAAUCCUCCUAACUGUCACCAAAUUAGCAGCAUUCUCAUGAAGAGAGCAUUGCUAAUUGAAAGGUACGUACAAUGGUUAAAGCUAAAAUCAAAGCCAAUCACACAACAAGGAAGUCUUGAUAUGGCAAGGGUUGAUUGGGCCCCAACGAAGCCGGAACAAAUUAAGAGGCCACUCCAAAGCUCCACUAUUCCAAAAACUUACUCGUUACCGCUACGUGGUUCUUCUCCAUUGGCCCGAACACAUUUAGCCGUUUCGAUUCUUCCUUUUCUUUGCAUUAGGUCCAACGAUGUGUAG